UUCACUAGGAUGCGUUUGGCACGUGAUUGUAUUGCCACAAAUUUCGAGGUCAAUAAGUAAAUUCCAACUACCCACAUUUGUCUGCUUAUGCAACUUCCUACCACGUGCAUAGCGUUGUCCUUCUCCAUUCAUAAAAGGGAACCAAUUUGUCCAUAGAUAUUCAUGACGUGUAUUACGUAUUUUGUGGCCGGACCUCAAAUAUGUUGACCCAUGGAAGGGUAUUCCAGGCAAUAAUAGUAAAAUAAGAGAGUUCUGGUAAGAAUAUCUAAUCUCAAGUGGGUGUAUCGGGAGAAGUCAAGAAACCCUAAUUCUUUCAAAACAGGGAAAAGCGUGUUCAUCCCACCCACAGGCAAAAUUGACAAACACCGUGCAGUUAAUCAGUUCUACUUAGCAUUAUGGUAGCAGAGGAGCUUACAUCACUUUGCAAAAUUGCAUGCCCCAUAGUUGUAUCAAGCCUGCUUUUAUACUUCAAGACACUCAUCUCUAUGCUCUUCUUGGGACAUCUUGGGAAUUCUGAGUUAGCAGGGGCCUCACUCUCAAUUGGAUUUGCCAAUAUUACAGGCUACUCUGUUCUGAAAGGCCUUGCCAUGGGUAUGGAACCAAUAUGUUGCCAAGCUUAUGGAGCAAAAAGGUGGGAGGUUCUCUGCCAGACAUACAAAAGGACUCAGUGUCUCCUCUUUCUAGCAGCCAUUCCAAUUUCUCUGUUGUGGUUAAACAUGGAGCCAAUCCUAAUGUGGCUAGGUCAGGAUAGAAACAUUAUGUCUAUGGCCAAGGUUUAUAUAACAUAUUCUCUUCCAGAUUUGCUAGCCCAAGUUCUCCUUCAUCCCUUAAGGAUUUUCCUAAGGACACAAAGUCUAACGAAACCCCUCACUUUAUCUGCUGUGUGUGCAAUGAUUCUCCACCUUCCUAUCAACUACUGCCUCGUUGUAUACUUGAAUAUGGGGAUCAGGGGCAUUGCUCUAGCCUCAGCCUGGACUACCUUAAACUUGUACUUUGGUUUGCUAGUCUACCUUUUUCAAUCGAGGACGGCACUUAAACCUUGGGAUGGGAAAGCAAAACAUGCCUGCUCUCAAGGCUGGAAACCGCUGCUCACCCUUGCCUUGCCAAGCGUACUCUCUGUCUGUUUAGAGUGGUGGUGGUAUGAAAUAAUGCUGCUACUGUGUGGCCUACUAAGUCAUCCACAGGAAAGUGUGGCUGCAAUGGGAAUCCUCAUACAAACAACAGGAUUGCUCUAUGUGUUCCCUCACUCUCUUAGCUUGGGUUUAUCAACACUAGUUGGCCAAGAGUUGGGGGCUGGGCAGCCUGCACGGGCUCAACAGACUACUGUAAUUGGACUUGUUGUGGCGGUUGUGUGCAGUAUGCUAGCUUUUGCUUUCACAAUUGCAGUGAGAAAUGGGUGGGGCAAGCUGUUUACAUGCGAAACACAGGUACUUGCUCUAACAUCAAUUGCCCUUCCCAUAUUAGGCUUCUGUGAGCUAGGCAAUUGUCCCCAGACAGCUGCAUGUGGAAUCCUUAUAGGCUCUGCAAGGGCUAAGCUUGGUGCUUGCAUUAAUUUUGGCUCCUUUUAUCUAAUUGGUUUGCCAGUUGCAGCACUCAUGAGUUUUACAUUCAAGAUGGGCUUUGUGGGGUUAUGGUUUGGUCUCGCAGCAGCUCAGAUUUCAUGUAUGUGCAUGAUGAUCUGUGCUUUGGUUUCAACUGAUUGGAAGAACCAAGUAAAUAGGGCCAGGGAACUGACUCAAACAACUGAAGGUAACGGCACUGAUUUGGAAGCCAACCUCAUUGGCUGACUUUGCUUGUAGUAGUUGAUAAAAUAAACUCCUUGUACUAUGAGAUGACAUAGUCCUAAAUGGUAAAAAUAUCUGCUUUGUAUCCCCCAA